AUGUCGAGUUUGCUGGAGCGGAAGCCGAAAGCCAUGCUGUUCCCACUUCCCCCACUUCUCGAUUGGCGCCUCCAUCGUUACCCAAGGUUUCUCGCCAUUGGUCCCACAGCUUCACCGCGUGCUCUACUUAUGGUUGACAUCGCUGAGGAUCAAUUGCACAUUCACCAUCUGCGCCGGGAUGAGUCUGGUAAGGCCGAGACACCUGCCAUUCGCAACAUCGAGACACUCGAGAUUGAAAUCGCCGAGAUCAUGAAGGGCAAGUUCGAUCACUUCAUGCAGAAAGAGAUUUACGAACAGCCUGAAUCCAUCGUCACCACGAUGCGUAGACCCGUGAACUUCGAUGAUCGUUCCUCGCACUAUGGACUGCUUGCAAGGUCUUUUGAACAUUAUUCCCCUGCAGCUGUUGAGCUACCACUUGGCCAUGAAGAACGGGUUUGA